GCCACCGUCACUCCGUUACAUUUAGUUUAUUCAAGUGAAUGUUUUGGUUCCAUCACCUUCUGUUAGAAAUACGGUAUCGGAUAAAUUUACCAUACUGAAUCCAAGUCAGACAUUCAAUUUAUCAGACCUUUUCCUAUUUUUCCCGGCUGUUACAGAACCCCGGCAGAGCUCGCCUGGUCACAACCAGAUUUGCCUCGUGGGGAGCAAAGGUCGCUUCCUUCCUGUGGUGCUCUGCAUUAAAGCGCGUUUAAGGCGAUGCCCCCUCACUUCGGACAGGAAGCGACCCCGGUGGUGAUGAAGCGAACAGAGGAGACUACGGAGCAGCCUGAAGACGCAGCGGAGGAAAUGCUGCUAGGCGUGACGGCCAAGGACGUCCCUGUACUUGACACGCCGGAACGCAUCGUCGUGGAUCACCCGGACAAGCUCGUAGCUGCGUCCCCCGUGCGCCGCCGCAAACGCGAUGUACUGCGCCAAGUGUCCAUGCGUCUUUAUCUCAAGGGCAAACACGUGGCUGAUGACGUGCUGCGCAACGUGGCACCUUCCCGACUGGCCGACGCCGAGGAAGUUUGCAGCGACGCGCAGUCGAGUCUGGAUCACGAAAUCCGAAACUCCAGGAAGACGAGGAAGCAUCUUUGGCUGCCAAAGACGCAGGACGACUCGGUACUACUGGACUCGUCCAGUUCUCAUAAGGAUCACUCUGCUGUACAAGAGUUCUUUGUAUCUCGCGUGACCGACCCGACGUCAUACUUCUACCGCUUCCACUACGACGACUACCAUCACUUGGCUCCUCAGAAGGCAGAGGUACAACUCGUGGAUGUCAAGUGGCUGAAGCCUCACGAACAGAUCGUGAGCUGGGAACGAGUCAAUGGUCUCAGGAAGGCAACACUAUCGUGGGACGCAUACACGGAACCUUUGCUGGUCGAUAUCAAGACCGGUGCGAUCUUAGAUGGCCACCAUCGCUACAAUGUGGCUCUACAGUUGCGUCUCAAACAGGUUCCAGCGGUGCUGGUGGACUACUUGGGGGACAAAACGAUCCACGUGGACGUCUGGCCAGGUUGUGGACGAUCGCAUUUAACCAAGGAAGAGGUUAUUGCGAUGUCUCUAUCGCCGGAUGUGUUCCCUCCCAAGACAAGUCGCCACAGAUUAACUGAGAGCUUGCCGCCCAUUUCCAUUCCGUUGUCAGUCCUGCGUCAACCGCCUCUUCCUAUUGAGGAAAUAACGAAGCAGACAACAGUAUCGAGCGAGGAGAUGCAGACGGAAACGUUACGCUCUCUGGAACGCAAACCCAGUCUACAGCAAGUGUCUAUUUUCUUGAUCUGUGGUGCUCAGAACUUGGCUGCAUCAGUGACUAAAAGCCUGUUCCGGGGCCGUCUGCGCUCCGUUGAUCGUAUUCGCGAGUCAACACGGAUGGAUCUCAUCAGACGACCAUCCUACGACCCGAAAGAUUUCUUUAACGCUAUCCGAGAGAAUGACCCGACGUCGAGUUUCUGUCGACAGAAGGCUGCGACGCUGGAAGACCUGCUGUCCGAUGAUAAGGAACGUCGUCAGAAGUUCUUCUUGACGCGUAUUGCAGACCCGACGUCGUACUUCUACAAGUAUCACUUUGAUGCUCGUCCUCAGCGACAACCGAAGAAAUUGGGGGUGCAUUUGGCAAUGCUGAGCUGGCUGAAGGCACACGAGCACGUUGUGAGCUGGGAUCGCGUUGAUGGUCUCCGCCGCGCUACUGUGCGCUGGAAUGCGUAUCUGGAGCCGCUACUUGUGGACAGAGCCACAGGAGCUAUCCUAGACGGCCACCACCGCUAUAAUGUGGGACUUCAGCUCGAGUUACAGUGCGUGCCAGUAGUGCUGGUGGACUAUUUGGAGGACGACACAAUUACGGUCGAUGUCUGGCCAAAGUGCGGUCGUGACUCACUUACGAAGCAGGAGGUGAUCGAUAUGUCGCUUUCGGACGAUCUGUUCCCACCUAAGACGAGUCGUCACUCGUUUUCGGACGAUUUACCGCCCAUUUCAGUCCCACUGGAGCGUCUUCGGCAGCCACUGGAUACCAACUUUGUUCCGCUGUAAUUUUGGUUGAUAGUGAGUACGAAAUUGCAGACACAAAGAGAGGAGAUAUGAGUGGUGCCAUUCAGUACACGUACAUUUACUUAAUCCAAUGAGCCUCAGAUUCAGCAGAGCUGUGGCACCGUAUCGGUAGUUCAUUCACUUCCAGAUACAAUCGUGACUUGGAUGGAAGUCUGAGCAUCUUGAUUUCGGUUUCUGACGCGUUGACGCGCACGGUCUGCGAGCAUUUUGAGCUUCUUAGUGAUGAAGGUCUUAGAAGCCACGGCUUGCAGACGUGAUUGCUGCGACUUUGUAUUCCAGACGUCGACGAUAUCAUGCACGUACUUGUCGCUCUCGUCCUCGAUUUCUUCCUGGAUGAGCUCUUCGAUCACAUCUUCAAUAGUCACGAUACCCUCGAACGCAAC